GAUUGCGUAGUUACAGAGGUGAAAGUGUCGACAAUUGACAUGCAAAUUACCCGUUUAAACUUUGGUGGUAAAACUAGAGCGCUAACAAGCGCUGCGAGAGAUGCCUCAUGCAGCCGAGGAUGGGUUCGUGUUGUGGUCCAAACAGUAUUUGCCUUAAUCACCGUUACCAGCUUCAUUCUGAUUGUCAUGAUGGCUAUGCAGAACAACUCCCUCAACCCAAUAACCAGACCAACACCAACGACUUCACGAUGCCAUAUCAAUAUCUGUCAAGUAAUUUGCAAUGAAGCGCCAUAUUUUGGUUUGCACGAGAAUGAAAUCAUUUUUGCUGUUGUGACCGCUGAUGCGACGUGCGAAAGAAUUAGUUUAACAUUAAACAACCCCAGUUUCAUUAAUUCUGUACUGCCGGCUAACUGGCUAUUCGGUAUGAGAGCAAGUCAUAUACAUGAACUUUUGAUACACGGAGGAAACUUGAAGUAUAUCACACCUGGAGCCUUUACUGGCCAUUUCGCCGGGUCCAUACACAACCUCAUUCUUAAGGAUAUUACUAUAGAAUCCAUUUGUGAUAAUAGUUUUAUCGGUCUCUUCAACUUGGAAAACCUUUAUAUUAAAGACAGUAAAAUAAUUCGCAUUGAAGACGAUGCCUUGAGACCAGUAGAUGGAACAUUACAGUCCUUAACUGUGACGCGGAGUAAUCAUUGGAAUCCUGUAAAUGUAACAGGAACAACAGAUUUUUCCACUCUUACUAUAGUCGACUUAUCUUAUAAUGAUUUCGGAGAUAUUUUUAAGUAGCAGCAGUUUCGCUGGACUUGAACGUUGUAAAGUUUUGUAUUUAAAUUCGUGCAAGAUUACUACACUUGGCCCUGGAACCUUCGAUCAUUUGCUUAAUAUAGAUAUCAUUUACCUAAAUGAUAAUCUCCUUGUGACUAUUCCACCUGGAGUGUUUAACAAAAUUACGUCGGUAAUUCCGAAGCCUCGGAUUAAUUUGCAAAACAACUUCUGGCACUGUGAUUGUUCUUCUGAAGAUUUGAGAUUUUUGAUAAGAAAUAAAUUCCUUUAUGUCGAACCGUUGUGCUAUGACCCAGUGAAUUUACAAAACGAAACUUUCACGGACUUUGAAAAUUAUUGUAACACUAUUGCAGUGAAUAAUUUCAAAACGGAUAAAGGUUGCAAUGCCAAUUCAGUACAUUUAAAAGACAAUGUAUACAUAAACGGAACUUGUCACGGGGAUGGUAUGCCUUCUGUUAAUACAUCUUUUAGACUAUUUUCUCCAGUAUUAUCUCACAAAUGUCCAAAACAUGUCAUGGAUGAUAUUAACGUAAUGAAGUUUAUAUCGGAAAUGCCUAGCGAAGAAACUACAACGCAAAAUGAAUGGCUUAAAUUGAAUUUUUUCUUACGAACUGAUAGGUACUCCGUAGUUAAAAUGGAUACUUUUGAAACCCACGGCUAUGGACUCUUGUGGUAUCAAUCCACUUGUCCUGAAGAAAUAUAUUGUCUAAACAUUUUACCUUCGUACUUAAUAGUCUACAACAUUGACUUAAGCGCACGCUACACAUUCUGUCCUGUAGAAAUAAAUACUAGCCUUGUCAAAGUCUACAGCUGUAUCCACUACGACACUU